AUGGAGGUUAGUCCCAAGGUUCGUCAUUUUCUCUGGAAAUUAUGCACCCACACGUUGCCUACGCGAGGAGUUCUGUUCCAUCGCCAUCUAAUCGAUGAGGCGGUUUGUCCUUGGGGAUGCGGUGAGCAUGAAUCUGCUUAUCAUGCUAUUUUUACUAGCCCGAGAUUUGAGGAGGUGUGGAUGGAUAGUGGAUGUUCGAGAAUGCGGGACAAUAGUGAUUGUGACACAAUGUGUGACCUGGUGGUGAAAUGGAAACAACUGGAUUUGCGAAUACAAGUGAAGGGAGCUUUCUUGAUGUGGUGUAUUUGGGGCGAACGAAACAACAAAGUUUUUAACGACAAAAGCACCCCCAAUAGUGUGCUGUUACGUAGGGUGGAUCGAUUGGUUGAGGAGUAUGGGAAGUAUGCUGUGAAUAUUUACCGACAGCAGGGAAGGGUAUCACAAAGCCCUCGGUAUUGGAACCCUCCAUCACAAGGGUGCUGGAAAAUCAAUGUGGAUGCAUCUCUUGCUACUGAAGGAUGGGUGGGCCUGGGCAUUAUUGCUCGUGAUCAUCUAGGUGGAGUUCGGUUUACGGCUACUCGGCGUACGAGAGCCUUUUGGUCGCCUGAAAUUGCAGAGGCCAAAGCUAUCGAAAUGGAGUGA